GCAACGUGGCAGCACUCAGCUCUGCAAAGUUUCCCUUUCCCACAUGACACCUAGUACCUACUAUCCGAGGAUCCGUUAGUCACGUGGAAAUAAAGCAGAAACAAGUAUCUGUUUUCUGUCUCAGUGAUCCUGAACAUGGACGUGAUCUCCUCUCCAGCAGCCGUCAGCUGUCAGCCUGCUCAGGGCGGGAUCCUGUGUUUACUGUGCGGACAUGAAGCGUUCUGCACACCCUUUCUCUGAGUGCUGUGCUUGUGUUUUGAAAGUUGUUAGGCUGAUCCUGUGAGGAGGGGGUCAUCAUGGAUCACAGAGGUCCCCCCCGGAAUGACUCUGGCCGUCACUCCCAAAGAUCCAAAGACAGAGAGGACUACAGGUACCCUCAGCAGGACAGGGAGCAGAGCUACACCCCAGCCCCCCUCCCCAGAGAGAGGGACCGACACUGGGCUCAGGACCCCCGCUACAGGGCUCAGUUCAGCAGCCCUCCUGCCAGAGCGGAGCCGUAUCCUCACAACACCCAGCAGUAUCCUCAUGGCUACAUUCUUCCGGAACACCAGAGACCCCAGUCCAGGCAUGGGUAUGACUACCCCCCCCACGGCCACUGGGACUACAGAGAUCACUAUGGUUACUAUGAGCAGGACUACAGAGGACAGCAGGGACCACAAGAUGCUGGACAGUGGGGGCCCCAAGACUCCUGGAGAACGGGCCCUUCUCAGGACAGAACAUACAAGCAGGAACCCUCAGGGAGCGCCUACAGCGAGGAGCACAGGUAUGACCACGGCAGAGACAACCCCCAGCAUUACCUCAAUGACUACGAGGAUAACAAUCCCUCCAGAGACAACGAAGAGCUUUCCUCCUAUUACCAGGGGACGUUAGAGAGCUCCAAACACUCCGGCCUAUCCUCCAGCAGCUACGAGCUGAGUCAGUACAUCAACGGAGUGGACCCCAGGGAGGCGGCCCCUCAGUCCCUCCUCACAGCUGGUCACUCAGACCAUGUUCCGGGACCCCAGGUUUCGGCUCCUCUGAAGUUCUCCCUCCCUCAUGUGGUGGUCAGCUUUGGGCCGGCGGGUCAGCUGAUCCGGGUCACUCCGGGCCUCUCCACCCAGGAGAACGUCAGCCAGCUGGAGAUCCACAGUCUGGAGGUCAUUCUGGGUGAGACCGAGGAACAGCAGGACAUGAGGAACUUCCCAGGGCCUUUAUCCAGGGAAGACCUGCACAAAGUGGAUGCGAUGGAGUUUGCCCAGCAGAGGGCGGCUGCCUGUCUGAGUGGGGGGGGGCUGCAGGACCGGAGCUCUGCUGCCCUCCUGUGGAACCUGCUCAUCCUGCUCUGCAGACAGAAUGGACAAAUAGUUGGCUCAGACAUUGCCGAGCUGCUGGUGCAGGGCUCAAAUUCAGACGGAACCUGCAAGACUGACACCCCCACCCUCAUCGACUUCAGUGAGGGCGCGGGUCCAGCUGAAGCCCCCUCCCUCUCCGGAGACGACCUGCUCACCGGAGGCAGCAGCAGCCGGAGCUCUGAGGGCUGUGGGGGGGCUCUGCAGGGCUACACCCAGCUGCUGCUGGCCGGGAGGAAGAAGGAGGCCCUGGAGUCAGCUAUGGGCACCGGCCUGUGGGGACACGCUCUGUUUCUGGCCAGCAAAAUGGACAGCAGGGCCUACACCAUGGUGCUGAACAGGUUCACAGGCCAGCUGACGGCCAGCGACCCCCUGCAGACCCUCUUCCACCUGCUGACUGGGAGGGUCCCGGCCGCUGCCCUGUGCUGUGGAAAUGAGAAAUGGGGGGACUGGAGGCCCCACCUGGCUGUCCUGCUGUCCAAUGAGACGGGAGAUCCUGCCGUCCAGCAGAAGGCCAUCGUCACUAUGGGAGACACCCUUGCCUCCAAAGGCCUGACACAUGCGGCUCAUGUGUGCUACCUGACUGCCGGGGUCUCCUUCGGGGCCUUCCCUCAGAAGGCGGAGAGGCUGGUGUUGCUAGGCAGCAGCCACAGGCAGUCCUUUGAACACUUUGCCACCGAUCUGGCCAUCCAGUGCACUGAACUGUACGAGUACUGCCAGACCCUGGGGGGCAAAGGCCUCUCAAUACCAUCCUUUCAGGUGUAUAAGUUCCUGUAUGCGGCCCGCCUGCUGGACUGCGGGCUCUCCUCUCAGGCCUUCCAUUACUGUGAGGUGGUGGGCCGGGCCCUGCUCAGGCAGCGGGAGUCUUACUCUGUGCUGACUGGGGAAGUUAUUAAGCUGUCCGACAGGCUGAGGCACUCUGAGGGAGACUUCAACGACACAGGGGUCAGUGGGGCGGGGCAGGAACCUGAUUGGCUCAAACUGCUCCGUGCUCGCCACCACAGUUUACAGACGGGGAAUUUGGACUGCACUGAAACCCACCAUCCACCUCCUGAUGGCAGUGCUACGGCCUACACUGAUCCAUACUUGGAGGACCUAAACCGUGACAUCCAGAGUCCGGAGCCUGAGCUGCUUUACUACGGACGAGAUCCAGAUCCAGAUGUGGGUCAGGAACACCUCCAGCAUCAGAUUGAAGCAGUCACUGAGGACAUGAAGGAGUUGUCGUGGGACGGCAGCGGCGCUCAGGAAUGGCAGCAGGCCAAUUCUCCGAUGACAGUAACCCCAGUUUGUGCUCCCCCAGCUUCCACAGUGGCUGCCAGCCAGGCCUUCACUUAUCAUAACACAGAUAGUGCUGAAGUCACAUCAGCCUGGCCACAUUGUGCUCUGAGUGACCAGCCAUCAGCAGAACAGGGGGCUUGGUCAUACUCUGGAGCGACCACAAUGGGGGUUCAGAUGCAGGAAGUCCACUUCAGUCAGCAGGGGCAGCAGAGCACCCCCCAGAGUUCAGAGGCCUACGAGCAGAACAGCGAACCCCCUAAACAGGCCGGAUGGUUCAGUGGUUGGUUCAAAUCCAAACCUAAAGACGUUCCAGAGGAGAGAACAGAGCAGAGAAGCACAGCUCAGACGGAUUUCCCCAUGUUUCCAUCCCAGCUGGGAUCAACCCCUUUUCAAGGAAAGCAGGCCAGCAGCUGGGAUAGAGCCCUGUCAGGACCACUAGACUGAAUCACAGGACCACUGACUCGACGAGAACCAAAGUGUGAAUAUCACACCAGCUACCACUACCAUAAUGAGAGUUUCAACUGAAUUUGGGUAAACAUCAUAAUAUCAAUCUUGCCCCCCCCCCCCACAUUUCUUUUUAAGCAUGCCCUUUAAACCCCCACAGCCUGCUAGCCAUCUUGUUUAGGAUACAGAAAUACUCUGGAUGAAAUGUCAUAGUAACUCAGAUUACAGCGAGCGAAACAUCUGAGGAGUGUAAAAGCUGACAGCAGGGAAAACUCCAGAGGACCGGGACAUAUUUAAGGGAAGGGAUAUCUUAAAUGACCCGGAUAACCAUUUAUGUAUCUGCGCAUCCAAUGACUCUCAUUACUUAAUGAUAUCUGUGCAAUAUGUAGAGAAUCAGCUAAAUGUAAAUUAUAUAUAGAAGUAUAAAUCCAUCUGUCCAUCAUCUUUAUACAGUUAUGAAAGGAGUAUAAGAUUGCUUAUUGAGGAAAAGUAAACAUACCUGACUACAAAUAAAAGUCCUGCAUUUAAAACAUUAUUUAACUAUCAGUAUUAUAAGCACAAUACAAAUAAAGUAUAGAGUAAAAUGUUGUGCUAAUUUUAACUUUUUAUAUACUGUUGGCUAGAAUCAUUCUACAGCAUAUCUAUAGAUCACCAUAUUUUGUAGCUUUGUUUCUGUCCUGUGAGAACCACGUAUCUUAAACUCAACUUUUCAUGAGUUUCUCAGAACAACAGCCCUGUUUAGUGGCGAUGCAUUUACCAGCUGAUUCAAGAUGAUUAUUAAACAGUUUAUUAAGAAUGUUUAAAGCCCAUUAAGGAACACUAUUUCCUUCAGUUCAUCGUGAACAUUCACCCAAAAUGUAGAUACGUUGUUGAAUGUAACCGCAACUAAAGCUUUCAGAAAGUUGUAGUGCAGUCAAAGACACAAUAUCUUACUCUAAGAUGUAGUGGAGUAAAAGUAUAAAGUUGCAUAAAAUGGAAAUACUUAAGGUAGAACUACCUCAAAUUAGUAUUUAAGUAGAGUAUUUGAGUAAAUCUACAUUCCACCACUCCUUUAUUUUUACUAUCGAUUGUCGAUAACCUUAAACAAAAUUACCCCUUGACUAAAAAUGCAUUAAAAUAUAGCUAAAAUAAUGCCGUGGUCAUUCAUUAGCCUCACAGAAGCAAUGUUUAAUCUUACACGCUGACUAAGCAGAAUUUGUAAGGCUGCUCAAUUAUUGCACAUGUAUGUAUGAACAUUAUUAGAUCAUGUUAAGGAUCUGUAAAGCAGAAUAGCUUGAAUUAUAUAUGACAUAUACAGUACAGAACAAAAAUAGAGUUGUCAUGCUGCCAAGAUGGAUGAUACCACAUGUUGGAGGAGGGGGUGUAAACAGCUCAAUCCUAUAAUUGUCACCAGCCAAGAGACAAUUAUAGGAUUGAGCUGAUAUUUCCUCUGAGAACAAGCUUUAUUUUUAGCCGUUAUUAACGUUUUUCAGAAGACAAAGCUUGUGUCCUUAAAAUGUAUAUAAAUCAAACAGUAAUAUAUGCUUUGGAAUAUUUUAGAACAAACUUUUUAUUAUUGACACCAUGUAAACAUAUCUGGAUGUAAUUGAUUUUUUUACUUCGAGUCCUUUGGCUCUGUGUUUUAUGUAUUACUGAAUGUCAAUGCUUUUGUACAGGCCAUGGAUUAUUUACCUGUUUAUCAGUGCACUUCUGCCUGUCACAUAUUUAAUAAAAACAUCACUGCAAUCCUG